AUGACUACAGAUACAAUCGCUGAUGUUUUGUCUUUACAGAAUAUUCGCAUCAAGGCUCAAAGAGUUUUUGCCGUUGCCGAACAAAACCGGUUGCGCGCUUUCGAGUACGAUCCUUGCAAGCUUGACACCGUAGCAGACUUUGUGGUAUCAGUGAUUCAAGCAGACUUUAAAGGAAAAUACGAAACAAUUCCUCCUCAUGGGCGAUGGCAGCACUUUGAGGUUGGAAACGUUGCUCGUCUCACCCAGCUGAUUAGCACCUGGAACCAGCAGGGGGUAACUUCUGUUGAAGUCUGCAAGCGCGUGUUGGACAUAACAUUUCUUAGUGUUUUACUUGAUGCCGGUGCCGGGGAUAAGUGGUCAUACUUGGAUGGUGUUGAACGAUAUGCUCGUAGUGAAGGUUUGGCAGUCGCCAGUCUUCGUUGCUUUCAAAAGGGUUUAUUCUCGAGCAAUCCAGAGAACCCAUACCAGGUGGACGGUGUUGCUUUGAGCCACUUGAAAACGGAAGCUUUGGCGGAUGGCUUUCAAGUUUCCAAACAGAACCCAAUUGCUGGUAUAGAGGGACGAGCCUCCAUUCUUCGUGCUUUGGGAAAUCAGUUAAAGAGUUCUCGCCCCAGCUUCUUUGUGGACAGCGUCUUUCCUACAGGGGACUUUACUUCUGAAAGCCUCAAUGUUGAAAGGCUAUGGUCGGAAUUGCAAACGGUGUUAAUUCCCAUUUGGCCCGAGCGUACAAAAUAUGCGGGAGAAAACGUCGGUGAUGCUUGGUUCCUACCUACGAUUAAUUCUAUACAACCUUUCCAUAAAUUAACUCAAUGGCUAACCUAUUCCCUCUUGAUUCCUUUGAAGCGAUUGCUGCACAUACAAGUUGUUAACGAAACCCUUCUGACCGGACUACCGGAAUAUAGAAAUGGUGGUCUCUUUGUGGAUUUUGGAGUACUCAAGCUUCGACCCGAAUAUUCCCUUACUGACGAAUACGAGCCAGAGAGUAUUGUCAUUGUUGAGUGGAGAGCCAUGACCGUUGUACUACUUGACAAACUUUUAAAUAUGAUAAACGAACGCAUGAAAAAUGAAUUAUCAGCUCCAUUAUCGUUGGCACAAAUGUUGGAAGCUGGAAGCUGGAAAUCAGGAAGAAUAAUUGCUCGCAAGUUACGACCCGCAAAUGCAGGCAGCCCUAUUCUGAUUAAAAGUGAUGACUAUCAAGAAUGGCUUAUUAGUAUUUUCCAUCGGUUCAUAUGA